CACUACUCCACCCCAUUCCCCACCUCCUCCUCCCGCAGGUCAGUCAGCUCUACUCGUACUCAUCGGCAAGCACAGCAUCCUCCCCCUCCUCUUCGUCCCCCUCCUCCUGCUCGAUGUACCCCUCCGGAAUGGGGGGCUCCUCAAUAUUCCCGCUGACCACCCCCUGCCCCUCCGCGACCGAGUGCCAACUUGGGAGCCGAGGGGCAGAGCCGCACUUCGCGACGUCUCAUGCCGGACCAGCUGGUGAUGUGUUGAGCGCAGCGGUACAUGCCGCCGACGAACUUGAACUCACAAUACUUGCAGAUCUUCGUCGCGCUAUCGCUUGAGUCGUCGAUUGGGACGUUGAAGUGGCGGAACACGACAUGCGUGCUGUCGGGGCAAAAGAGUGUGCUGCUAGUAGAAGCCUCUGCGGAAACAGGGGCUGCCACAGCUGAAGGGGAAGACGGAGUGGGUCUAGGCGUGGAGGCCAUGCUGGAGACGGAAGGGGAAGCUAGAGAAGAGAAUGAGUUCGAAAUGCUAGAAUGGCUGCUCUUUAUGCUUGGAAAGCGUACUCUCAUGGAGAGCCCAAGAGAAUGGGGAGCAUGGGAGCAUGGGAGCAUGGGAGCAUUGACAGCAUGGAGAGCCCGAGAGAAUGGGGAGCAUGGGAGCAUGGGAGCAUGGGAGCAGGGGAGCAUGGGAGCAUGGGAGCAUUGACAGCAUGGAGAGCCCGAGAGCAUGGG